AUGGCCGACCGAUACAUUCCCGAGCAUCGUCGGACCCAGUUCAAGGCGAAGAAUGCCUUCAAGCCUGAAGAGCUCCGCCGUCGCCGAGAAGAACAGCAGGUUGAGAUUCGAAAGUCGAAGCGUGAAGAGAACCUGGCUAAGAGGAGAGGUAUUGGAACUGGCGAGCGUCUCGGUGCCUCCCUUGGUGCCGCGCCAGAUAGUGAUGAUGAGACCGCGCCCACCGAAUCCCAACUCAAUGAAGACCUCCCUCAGAUGGUCGCUGGUGUCUUCUCCAAUGAGAUCGACCAGCAGAUCAAGGCCACGACAAAAUUCCGAAAGCUUCUUUCUAAGGAGCGCAAUCCCCCAUCGAGGAGCCUCGUGCAGUUCGAAGCCGCAUGGGCUUUGACUAAUAUCGCAUCCGGCUCCGCUAGCCAGACCCAGGUCGUGAUUGAGGCUGGUGCCGUGCCCAUCUUCGUUGAGCUUCUCUCCAGCCACGAGCCUGAUGUCCGCGAACAGGCUGUCUGGGCUCUCGGUAACAUUGCCGGUGACAGCCCCCACUGCCGUGAUUAUGUCCUGACCUGCGGCGCUCUCAAGCCCCUCUUGACGUUGUUGGGAGACAGCCGGAAGCUUAGCAUGCUCCGAAAUGCCACGUGGACUCUCAGCAACUUCUGUCGUGGCAAGGCACCCCAGCCCGACUGGGCCACCAUCUCGCCCGCUCUCCCCGUGCUUGCCAAGCUUGUCUACUCUCUUGACGAUGAGCUUUUGAUGCACGCCUCCACGUCGGUUCAGACUCCCGCUCUCCGAUCCGUCGGCAAUAUUGUCACUGGUGACGAUGUCCAGACCCAGGUCAUCAUCAACUGCGGCGCCCUGCCCUGCCUUCUCGCUCUCUUGAGCUCCAAUAAGGAUGGAAUCCGAAAGGAAGCCUGUUGGACCAUCUCCAACAUCACAGCUGGCAACUCGAGCCAGAUCCAGGCCGUCAUCGAGGCCAACAUCCCCGAGCAGAUUCGCUACCUCGUUUCCCAGGGCUGCAUUCGCCCUCUCUGCGACCUCCUCGCCUGCCCUGAUAACAAGAUUAUCCAGGUCGCUCUUGAUGGGCUCGAGAACAUCCUCAAGGUUGGCGACCUCGACAAGCAGGCCUCUGGUGGCCCCGAGGCCAUCAACCGCUACGCUCUCUUCAUUGAAGAGUGUGGGGGCAUGGAGAAGAUUCAUGACUGCCAGAACAAUGCGAAUGAGGAAAUUUACAUGAAGGCAUUCAACAUCAUCGAGAAGUACUUCUCGGAUGAGGACGAGGGCGCGGACGAGAUGGGCCAGCCUGGCCAGAAUGGUGGAACUUUUGGUUUCGGCACCAACAAUGCUGCCUCUGCUCCUGAAGGCCAGUCUAGCGGUUUCAACUUUGCCAAUGGCGCCGACUCUAUGGAUAUGUAA